UGGAGCGGUAGCCAUUUUAUUUUGUUUGCGAAUAUUGUAUAAAUAAAUUGCCAGUUUCGUUGCUGCUUGCGAAAUUUUUUUAAGUUAAACAAUCAUGGCGAAGAACGACGCAGAAACGUUGGAGAAAAUGAAACUUCUUGAAGAAAGGAUAAAGGCUCCAUCUAUAUGGGGUCGGGUCGCUUGUGGGAUCAGGUUCGAAGACCUUCAGGAUAGAAGAUACGAUGAUGCUGUACGAUUGCUGAAAAAACACUAUUUGUCUGAAGAGAUUACGUACAGAUCUGUCAAAAUAGUAGAAGAUAAAGAGGCAACGGAUGAGUUUGUACAUAAUGUCCGGAUUUGGAUGAAAGACAAGAUGUCCAUCGCUGCUGUUAAGGAAGGCACUGAUAAGCUGGUUGGACUUCUUAUUAUGAGGAUUCAGGAGAAGAGUGCCUUCUCAAGAACAUUUAGCCGAGUCAAGUUGACACACAACCCCCUGUAUUCUGCUGUAAUGAAGUUCUAUAAUGAGAUUGAGAAGCCAGUUUGUGUCUACGAUAGAUUAGGCGUCAAGAGAUACUUCAAAAUAUAUAUUGUCGCCUUGAAGACCAGGUAUAGGCAUCGAGGCAUCGCAAAAGAAUUGUUAAAAGCAGCAAUGUCACUAAGUGCAAGCGCUGGUGUGGCCGGAAUCUGCGGUAUAUUCACAACAGCAAGAUUGCACACAGUCGCUCAAGAAUUAGGGUUUACGAAACUAAACGAAAUAUACUAUGUGCGGUACCUUAUUGAUGGGGAGAUCGUCUUCUGGGACACCGGUCUAGGUAACUACGGAGCAGCGAUCAUGGCGCUUCGUAUACCAAACGUGGAAGAAAUUCAAGAGUUGCAGACACAGCACUCGUCCAGGUUCAAUAUUCCUCUCAAAGUUGAUGAAGACGAGACUGAGGAAGAUAAGGCACAGACUGCCACACCAACUGAUGUUCCGGAUAGUGCGACCACUAAAUCUGAAGCAACGCCAAAGAAAUAA